AUGAUGAAAAAAUCAAAGAACCUCUCAUGUCCUAUUCAGUCAAUAUGUUAUCCUAUGAUUAUAGCACGUUUUCUAAUGAUAAAUGUAAUUGAUCAAUUAUUUGAGCAUGAAUCAUCAAGAAAAAAUCAACGAUCAAUAACAAGAACUAGAAAUAUUGGUACAAAUGAACAACAUCUUUCAAUCAAUGAUCUUAGUAAUUUACAAUUAUUACUCGAUAUUAUUAAUUUAGUCUUUUCAAGUUUAUCAAAUAAUGCAAAUGAAAUGAAUGAUAUUCAAUCAACAGAAAAAAAAAUUUCAUUUUUUAAUCAACUAAAUAAUUUCGAAAAAAUUCUAAAUGAUUUUCGUCAAUCGUUAGUUCAUGAUGAAACUGUAUAUCGUCUUGAUAUAUUUUCAUAUUUAACUAGUUUAAAUGAAUAUUUUAAAUUAUUAUUAUAA